AUGGCCUCCAUGGGGCUGCAGGUGAUGGGCAUCGCGCUGGCCGUGCUGGGCUGGCUGGGCGCCAUCCUGAGCUGCGCGCUGCCCAUGUGGCGGGUCACGGCCUUCAUCGGCAGCAACAUCGUCACGUCGCAGACCAUCUGGGAGGGCCUGUGGAUGAACUGCGUGGUGCAGAGCACCGGCCAGAUGCAGUGCAAGGUGUACGACUCCAUGCUGGCGCUGCCGCAGGACCUGCAGGCGGCCCGCGCCCUCAUCGUCAUCUGCGUCGUCGUGGCUGUGAUCGGCGUGCUGCUGUCCGUGAUGGGCGGCAAGUGCACCAACUGCGUGGAGGACGAGAGCGCCAAGGCCAAGAUCAUGAUCGUGGCGGGCGUGGUGUUCAUCCUGGCGGGCCUGCUGGUGAUGGUGCCCGUGUCCUGGACGGCCAACACCAUCAUCCGGGACUUCUACAACCCGCUGGUGGCUGCCGGCCAGAAGCGGGAGAUCGGGGCCUCGCUCUACGUGGGCUGGGCGGCCGCCGGCCUGAUGAUGCUGGGGGGGGCCCUGCUCUGCUGCAACUGCCCGCCCCGCGCAGACAAACCCUACUCCGCCAAGUACUCCGCCGCCCGCUCCGCCCCCGCCAGCAACUACGUGUAA